UGAAUAACGUUGUUACAUACUGUCUAUAUAUAAAUGAGGAUGUAAAAGGAAGUAAUUUGUGGAUAAAUUGCUUGGUGAUACAUUUUAACACAUUGUCACAGGAAGGAUUUACUCCUGUGACUAUGAAACUGCCCAUUAUUUUCGUUCCGAAAGAAUGUACGAGUUAAUGCGCUUCUGUAAAACUCGCUGCAGGGUAUUCUCGUUAUAUAUAAAUCGACGAGAAGCAGUUGAUUCAAAGUCUCGUUUCGAACUCGGUUCACUCUCGUCGAGUACUUAGUAAAGAGAACGCUUAACGUCUGAUCAUGUUCCGUGGGCUAUCAGUAGCCUUCUUCGUUUGCCUCUUGAGAAAUAGCGGCGUAGCGCAACUGACUUUUGAUAACACAAAUGCGUCGCCAAGCAAUAAUGCCAACAACUGCCGUUGCCUCUCAGCAAGUCAGUGUUCCUCUACGAAUCCGGCGGAUCCGGCAAUUGACAUUCGAAUUGUUAACCCAGGCGCUAAUAAUUGCAACAGUGGUCAAGUGUAUUGUUGCCCGGGGUCUUCUUCUGGAAAUGGCGACACACAAAGCUGUGGAAUCAGGAAAAUCUCGUUAUCUUCGCAUCCUCAAGGUCAAGCUAGUUACGGUGCAUAUCCUUGGCAAGCUGUGCUUUUAAAUUCCAAUAACGGUUACGUCGGUUCUGGCGUACUCAUUACACCAAAUCAUGUUUUAACUGUCGCUCACAAAGUAUCGUCUUACACAACCGGUGGGCUUAAAGUGAGAUUAGGAGACUGGAAUGCACAAACAACAAACGAACUUUAUCCAAGUCGGGAAUAUACAGUUCAAAGAAUAUCUAUACACCCUCAAUACAAUUCUGCAAAUCUACAGAAUGAUGUGGCUGUAAUAACUCUGAGCGGCACCGUCCCUAUCUCAACUAGUCCUAAUAUUAAUACUGCAUGCCUUCCUACAGCCCAGCCUGCAAGUGGUACGAGAUGUUGGGUGUCAGGUUGGGGAAAAGAUGAAUUUGGAACAAGCGGCCAAUAUCAAAGUAUAAUGAAGGAAGUAGACGUGCCCAUUGUUGACCAAACAGUUUGCGAAAAUGAUCUGAGGACAACGAGACUCGGGCAAUCGUUCGUAUUGAAUAGAAAUAGCUUUUUGUGUGCAGGAGGGGAGCAGAACAAGGAUGCGUGCACAGGCGACGGUGGUUCGCCAUUAGUUUGUCAGUCUGGGAAUGCGCAAUGGCAAGUAGUAGGAAUGGUUUCUUGGGGCAUUGGCUGUGCCAGCAGAAAUGUUCCUGGUGUGUACGUAAAUGUAUAUAAUUACGUUCCAUGGAUAUCACAGCAAACGACUCAGAGUAAAUAAUUACGACACGCGAAGUACAAUACAUGUAAUUAAUAUUUGCCAAUCUGUAUGAAACGCAACAUGACAAUUGUAUACUCAUAUCUUUUUAAGUACUUCUACAACCUUUAUGAUUUAUUUCUGCGAGAAUAUACUUAUAUGCGCUGUA